CCCAUUUUUUGUUUUCUGCAAACCACUGUAUGAAGCGAUACUCCUUUAAAUAAAAAAUAGGGGCGUUCCCCUUAAACGCCUGUGGGCGUUUUGGUUUUGUCAGCUGUCGAAACUGUCGGUCGAAACAGCUGUUAGUUUGUUGUUAACGUUAGUGUAGCUAGAAACUAUCUUAUCAGUUAUCUCUACUAGCAGAUCCAUCAUGAAGAUAAGUUUACUUCUUACUUGUCAGGCUUACAAUAAAAUCAACUAUUGCUUUUUUAUCGAUGAUUUUGACCGUGUAUUCGGUGUUGAUGUUCAUUGACAUUCUCUAACGAUAAAUUAAGCUAGCUAAUGUUAGCGUACUAGCUAGCGGAUAGUUUAGCACUAGGGAGUUGAGAUAACUAGCUACUAGUGCUAGCUAAUCAAACGUCAGCCAGCCAACAAUCCAAAGUGAUACGGUAGCAGUAACAUUUCACGUUUCAUUACCAGACUGUUUUGUUAAUUUACAAGGAAAACCUUAUAUAGUUCUAUAUAUACAGUCUAUGAGGAAAACAUGUCAUCAAAUAAAUGGUGUUGAGUUUUGUCAUUGGCAACACAAAAUUGUCACAAUAAUAUAAGUCAGCUAACUAACGUUUAUGUUUAUGGUAAAUGAAUACACACAUUGAUUAAUGCAUGAUUUAAUGUUAAGUUACAUACUUUACUUUUAAGUUACUAGAUUUUCUCUCAUUCCAGAUUAUAAUGGUGGACAAAUGGACCAAAGACGAGGUUGGCAAGUGGCUCCAAAGUUUGCAUUUGGUUGAUUACAAAGAAACCUUCAGAGAACAGGAAAUUGAUGGGGAGACACUCCUGGGCCUGACUGAAAGGAUGGUGGAGAAACUUUUCCCUUUAAUGAAGUCACAGGUGAUGUUUAUGAAGGAGCUGAAUAAAUUAAGAAACUCCCAGAACUCCCAGUCGUUCCCAGAACAAUGUGAAGCUGGAUUGCUCCUGGAGGACCAUACACCUCGCUCACAACAAGAACCCCCUGCGUUUUAUAUGACCCAACCAUGGCCAGCAGUAUUCAGUCUGCCAACCUUCCCUCCUGAACUGCAAGCUGCUCUCCAGAGGAAAGAUCCUGCCUUUAAAAGGAAGGACAAAUCACAUAUACGGGCAUUAUUGAUUCAAGUGCUGUUUGAUAAUGUCACUAAACACACUUGGUAUCCCAGUCACAAAAUGUAUGGAGAUGUCCUGGGAGUUUGA